AUGAUCUACAAUGAUUUAUUCAAUGGCCAGCACGCCGUCCUCGUCACCAUUGGCGGCGACCGCCCGCGCACGGAGGCUAGACACGUCGCCAACGCCUUCUGCCGCGAACUCGGCAUCUCGUUGGACGAGAUACGGGUCUCCCCCUACUUCCCGGAGGAUUUCUUCGUUUUCCUCACCGAGCCGAUGGUGAGGGAAGCCGCCAUCGACAAGGAGGAGAUACACUCCAACGGGCGGGAGCUGCUGAUCAGGCCCUGGUGCGCGGAGAGGCACACGGACUGGGUGGCCAUGCCAUACCAUGUCCGGCUCCGCGUGGAGAACGUGCCGCUCCAGGCAUGGAACCGCGAGACCCCGGUGAGCAUCGUGGAACGCCGCGCCAAGGUGGACUUCGUCAAGGACCGCUCCAUUCGUCGGGAGGAUACUUCUACCUUCAACAUCUGGGACCUCGACCUCUGCUCCACCCUGGGCUCACCACUGCCGGCCGCCUCCCCGACGCCCCCGGUCUCCAUGGAUGGCUUCGUCAACUUCAUCUGCUCUGAGGUGCCCGCACCCAUCCUCGACGUCCUGAUGGCUUCGGCGGUUCCGCCCGCGCCGCAGACGCCGGUGAUCGCCCCGGCCAUCCAGGUUAGGAGAAGCGCGAGACUGGCAGGGCGCCCGUCCGCUGGGCUGCCUUCCCAGUUGGCUGCACAGGCUCUGCUUGCACGGCGCCUGGGCUCACUCCUGCCAACGGCGCCCUUCAACGAAACGGCGCGUGCUGCCUACCUUGCACUCUUCGCAAGCCCCCUGUCAGAUCAAGCCAUUGCCGCCAUCGAGGGCCUCGUCGUCGAAGCCAAGAAGAGCAAGAAGCCGCCCCGCGUCGCCGCGGUGGGGCGCAGCAUGGGACGUGGUGCGGGGCAGGGCCGCGGCAUCGCCGUCAACUAG